GUUCUAAACAGUCCCUGUUUUUCCAUCAGGAGAUCUAAGUUGGCAGUCCCACGCAAUAAUCUCUUAGGAAAUCAGAGCACUGCAGGGUAUGUGUUGCUUAAAGGUUGAGCUGGUAUAGGAGGCCUCCACCUCUAGUUCCACCAUAUUGGGAAGAAUAUAGGAGUACUUUCUGGCAAGACACGUAAUCUAAGAAGCAACGACCUAAUCAAGAUUGGCAUGCUGACCGUAGUUUGCCAGAAUAGCCCUCCCCGGUUUUGAUCUACACUUCCCAUCAUUCUUGGCCGCUGUCUUUGCUGGCAGGACUGACGGGAAAUGCAGUCCAAAACAUCUGGAGGGCACCAGCUUGGGAAAGGCUGUUCUGGAGACCUAGGCUGCAUCCAAAUUAUCAUUUCUAUCACGAAUCAGCUAUAAAUCAAAUGGUGCUUCGAACAAGGAGCAUUUCCAGCACCCCUUCAUGAGUUGGAUGGCCAAGUACCUUUUUUUUAAAGAGUUCAUUUCUAGCCUACUUCACAACUUAGAUACAUCAUCUGCAAGAAUUAUUUAUCCCUGUCAUAUUAGAUCUGUGUUUCCCAAAGUGGGUGAUGCCGCCCCCUGGGGGGGGUGUUAGAAUGAUCCAGGGGGGCAGUUGGUAGCCUCAGGUGCAAUUGGGGGGCAUUGAAUAAAAAUAAGAGGGCAGAGGAAGCAUAAAUAAGAGAAUUUCAAAAAAAAAAAAGUUUGUUGUGUAAUAAUGCUUACUACCAGGUCGGGCACUGUUGCGGGAUGGCAACAAUGCCUCCCCUGGAUCUUGUGGUUCUGGUGCAGGUGAGGGGUUUUCCUGGGCUUGGGUGAACCCUUUUCAGCUUCCCAGGCCUGGGAAGUAGAUCACAGCUUGCCUAUUUGGCCAAUGGCAGGCUGGCUGUGGCACCAGCCCUGCCCCUGGGGCAGAUCAGACUGAGUUGGGGGGUGCUAAAUAUAUAUUUUUUCUGAAAAGGUGGGAGGUAGGCCAAACAAGUUUGGGAACCUCUGUAUUAGAUGAUGGAUUUAACCCAAAGGUAGCCAACAGGGUGCCCUACAGAUGUUGUGGACUACAACUCUCAUUGUCCCUGAUCACUGGCUAGGCUGUCUGGCCCUUGGGAGUCUCCCCAGGCCCCUUCCACAAGCGCACUCUCCUUUAAUGUUUUUGCCUGGCUGAUAUGGGACCUUAAACUCAGAUAAUGCCUCUUGCUUGCUUGAACGGAAGACAGAGAGGGGUGUGGGAGUAUCAUCGCUCCGACCACUUUUUGCCUCUGGUCCCACCCACCUCUAGCAUGCGGCCCUCAGAAGGUUCACACAGGGAAGGUGGCCCCUGGACACGAGUUUUAAAGCAUCCUUAUUAUUUGAUCCCAGAAAUAGUAGUACUGAUCAGCAUGGGGGCAGAGGAAAAGAGCCGAUUGUACCAUCUUCUGUUGCACAACUGUAUCUUAGGUUUCAUUCCUAUAGCAACUGAGCAGGGCUAAGGUGUCCUGCUUUCACAUGGACUAAAAGCAUUUGAAGUUACUGAGGCUUGCUUAUAUUUUUGCUCUGCUUUUAAAAGCAGGACUUCAUCUCGGGAUAAAGAGAAGUUCCAAUUGACCAAAAUGGCCGAAGAUGAGAAAAAGCUCUUGAUUGAAUAUAACAAGUUGAGGGACCCUGGAUGCUGGUUGGAAGGAAAGUCCGAAACGGCCUGGCUCAGGCCUCAGAGGAGACAUUAUCCCUUUUCUAACCGCAAUUCGGCAGAGAUUUUUAAAAUAGUGAAGCAUGAGUACAUCAGUGACAGGGCCUCCUGGAUAACAAUAGGCCCUCCUGAAAAUAAGGAAAAGAGGCAUUUCCCGGAAAAAAGUAAGCUAAUUUGUAAUAUAUUGUGACACACAAUAUUGCCAAUCUCCACAGCAGAGAUUAUAGGGAGUUCCAGGCACUCUUUACCCCAGGUUUGUGUUUCCUUUUGGACAAUGAGGAACAGUGGAGACGGAAGUGUCUUUAUGAUAUAUGGUUUAUUUACACAUCUAUACAACCUGUACCUAUGAUGAAGGGGCUUCCAGUGUUACAGUACAAGAGGGUUCUGUUUCUCCCUUGGAUUCUAUCUUGGAUUCAAAAUGUCAGCCCACAUUGUGCCCUGACUCCCACCUUUCUCCAGUUUGGCACCACUUGCAAACUGCAAUUAACUUUCCUCCAGCUUACACCAUGCCCACUGCAAUCCUGAAACUCCCUCCCUGAAACUCUGGUGUUGUCUUUGGCUAGCCAUCCAGAACCUGGGGUGGAGAUCCACCCAUUUACUGGCUGGCACAUAGUCUCUGCCCAGUGUACCUGAAGGAGCGUCUCCACCCCCAUUGUUCAGCCCAAACACUGAGCUCCAGCUCCAAGGGCCUUCUGGCGGUUCCCUCACUGUGAGAAGAGAGGUUACAGGGAACCAGACAGAGGGCCUUCCUGGUAGUGGUGCCCGCCCUGUGGAAUGCCCUCCCAUCAGAAGGAAAUAAGCAACUACCUGACUUUUAGAACACAUCUGAAGGCAGCCCUGUUUAGGGAAGUUUUAAUGUUUAAUGUUUUAUCAUGUUUUUAAUACGGUGGUACCUCGGUUUACGAACUUAAUCCGUUCUGGAAGUCCAUUCUUAAGCCAAAACGGUUCUUAAACUGAGGCACACUUUCCCUAAUGAGGCCUCCCGCCGCCAGUACCCUUUCACUGUUCAGAUUCCAUUCUUAGACCGAGGUAAAGUUCACAAGGUAAAGGCCCCCUGACAGUUAAGUCCAGUCGCGAACGACUCUGGGGUUGCGGUGCUCAUCUCGCUUUACUGGCCGAUGGAGCCGACGUUUGUCUGCAGACAGUUUUUCUGGGUCAUGUGUACAGGGUACAGGGAUUAAAAGGUCUGUCACCCACAAACACAUAACAAUAUAUUACAUUGCAAGUAAAUGUUAAACUGUAGGAAUCUGUAAUUCCACCCCUCUCUACGCAUCAACUUUGGAGGAGUAAUUAGGGGCAGUUUCGCACAACAGUUUAUCAUGGAUUAGGUGCUGCACAUGGAUGCAAUUUUUCAUAGCAUCUGCAUGGUGACGUCCUCGUCAAAAUACCAGCCCAUAUUUCCCUCCUGUUUUAAGGGAUUUUUAUGUGAUUGAUGUCAUGUGCUUUGCAAAAAUUUGUGUGCACGAGUUAGCCCCUUAGUUUGCAAUGGGCCUACUGCUCACUCUCUGUCCAUCCUGCCUCUUGUGUUCUUAACUCCCAUCUCUUCUGUUCCAUUCUCCUUUAACCCAGCAUGACAUUUUCUUCAGCCUAAAAAGUAUGGCAUUAUCUUUCUUUCUCCUGAGGUGCAAUUCAGCUGCAUUGCUUCCCUAUGUUGUAGAGUUAUGCUUGCCUCACUCCCCCAAAGUGGUGAAAACUUUCAGGGGUACACACAGUGCUUACCCGGGUUUGGUUUCCUUUGGAAGAAGGGAGUAAAUAGAAUGAAUAUACAAACAGUGACAAAGAGGGGUUGGGGGCUGUUCAAGGAAGCAUAUUCCUCUGAGGACAUAUUUCCCAAGCCCAUCUGCCCACCCCCACUCCAUGUGGAGACUGGUUAUUAUUGCUCAAUAGUAAGCAAAAGACAAUCAGCUAAGAGACAUUCUUGUUUAGAAUUGGUGGGCAUAUUUCAUGACUGAGCUUUGCUAACGCAAACAGGUACUGGGGAUUGAUCACUGACUCAGCCACCAACUAAUUCCUUGUAAAACAAAACAGAAAACUGAUGUUGAGUAUGGGCUGAAGCAGCAGAACAGGUGUUACAUCAUCACCACUGAAUUUAUUUUAGAUGCUGCUUGCAAAACAAUGAGGAGAAAGGCAGCGCUUAUUUAUUUAGCUUUUUGCCUUAUCUUGCCUGGCCCACAGUUCUGUGCAUGAUUAACUAUUAAGACUGGGAGAAAGGACACUGAAGCAGAGUUAAAACAAUUUGGUCUGAAAAAUUAUCUUGAGGUGAGGGAUAGAGGACUCUUGUCGGUUUUGAUUUCUAGUCUUUCGAAACUUGCCUUUGGUUCUCCAAAUUUCUGCAGCAACUUCCAUGAACAAAUAGAUAAAAUUAUCCAUGAAAAUUCAGCAGCAAUAUAGUGCAAUUUUCUCCCAAUAAGCACAUUUCUGUUUGCAGUUUUUACACAUUUUUGCAAGCAACUUUUCCUAACUUUUUGUGUAAUUUUUCACUUAUAUGCAUUUUUAUACACAUUUUCACCUAAUUUUUUUUUUAAAUUAGUUGGAGAACUAGAUCACAACAUUUAUAGAAGUGUGAAUUUUGAAUCAUAGUGGCCAGAGACUGCUGGGAUAGGGGAGAAUGUUGGUUCAGUUUGCAUUUUCUGAAAAGCAGCUUACCCUGGUCUCCCAGGUCCUAGACCAGCACUCUAACCACUACACCACAAUGGCUCUUACCAGUACAGGUCACAUCAUGCUGGGAGCUUCCCACUUCAGACAGUAGCUGUCCAGCUGUUUGACGGGUUGGGGAAGGUGGAGCUGGCAGGCUGCUCUCCCUCACAUGUUGCUUUAUUCCAAUUCUUGAACAUCUGUAGAGAGCUUGUUGAUUUAACUCAAAAGUUAGCCAAGAUGGUGCCCUACAGAUGUUGUGGACUAAAACUCCCAUCAUCCCUGAUCAUUGGCUAUAUUGACUGAGGCUGUUGGAGCACGUAGUCCACAACAUCUAGACAGCACCACAUCGGCUACUCUUGCUUUCACCAAAUGGUUCUAAGAAAGUUGUCGGCUCCUACUGAUUCUGUUUUAUGCUUCUUUACUUUGUAUCUUGCAGGCCAUGCCAUCUUUGGAUGACGUGCUCCUCAAAGGCUGCUUCUCUUGGACAUUGCUGGGCAUUUCUCAGGAGCAAAUAAACAAUUAUAAUACUGUCUGUGUUUGAAUUAAAUUGGUUACCAAAAAAUUAAAUAGUUUGAAAAUAAGUUAUGUAAAAUAUGCCAGUAGGGUU